AUGGCUGAGUUCUAUCCGUCAUUGGCGCAGUGCGCCCUCGUGGCAGCAGCCUUCAAGGUGCUGCUCUUCCCCGCAUACAAAUCGACGGAUUUCGAGGUACACCGGAAUUGGCUUGCCAUUACCCAUUCGCUCCCUGUCAAGGAAUGGUACUAUGAGAGGACGUCAGAAUGGACUCUGGACUAUCCACCAUUCUUCGCUGCUUUCGAAUGGCUCCUUUCCCAGCUGGCAUAUUAUGCAGACCCCGCUAUGCUGGUUGUCAAGAACCUCAACUACGACUCGUGGCAGACAGUCUAUUUCCAACGGGCAACGGUCAUCCUUACUGAGUUGGUCUUGGCUUUUGCAUUGAGCCGGUACGUUAAGUCUGUACCUUCUGCUAACAAGCAUCUCGCACACAUUGCCAGCCUCUCUAUCCUGCUGUCUCCUGGCCUGCUUAUCAUCGACCAUAUCCAUUUCCAAUACAAUGGCUUUCUAUUUGGAAUACUGGUAUUGUCGAUUGUAUGGGCGCGCAAACAAUCCACCCUCCUUUACAGUGGCAUUACCUUCGCUGUCCUAUUGUGCCUGAAGCAUAUCUAUCUAUACCUCUCUCUCGCGUAUUUCGUUUACCUGCUGCGGGCAUAUUGUUUAGACCCCAAGUCUGUUUUCCGGCCCAGGAUCUGGAAUACCAUAAAGCUCGGGGUCGGAGUGCUCAGCGUCUUUGGCCUGGCGUUUGGCCCCUUCGCCUAUUGGAAUCAGCUGCUUCAGCUGAAAGAGAGGCUUUUCCCUUUCUCUCGGGGUCUAUGUCACGCUUACUGGGCACCAAAUGUCUGGGCCAUGUACGCGUUUACGGAUCGGGUGCUGAUUCCACUUGCACCCCGUCUUGGUCUCCCGGUGGACCAAGAGGCUCUGAGCAGUGUCACUCGGGGUCUUGUGGGAGAUACUUCUUUUGCUGUGCUCCCGCAGAUCAGUAAGGAGCAGACAUUUGCGUUGACUUUCUUCUUCCAACUGUUUCCUCUGAUAAAGCUGUGGUUCCGACCAGACUGGGAUACGUUUGUGGGAGCGGUGACACUGUGUGGAUAUGCGUCGUUCCUCUUCGGCUGGCACGUUCACGAGAAGGCGGUUCUGCUGAUCAUCAUCCCAUUCAGUCUGAUUGCGCUGAAGGAUCGACGGUAUUUUAGCGCCUUCCGACCCCUGGCGGUCGCGGGCCAUGUCUCGCUUUUCCCGUUGCUCUUCACAGCCCCCGAAUUUCCCAUCAAGACGGUAUAUACCAUCUUCUGGCUGAUCCUGUUCCUGUUUGCCUUUGACCGAGUGGCACCCGUGCCUGAAAGGCCGCGGGUAUUCCUGCUGGACCGAUUUUCGUUGCUGUAUAUCACGAUUAGCAUUCCGCUGAUCCUGUACUGCUCCCUGGUCCACCAGCUCAUCUUUGGCUUGAAUCGCUACGAGUUUGUGCCGCUCAUGUUCACGAGCAGCUACUCGGCCCUGGGGGUAGUGGGGAGCUGGCUUGGAUUUAUGGUGGUAUACUUUACUGCUUAG